GUUGUUAAACUUUGAAGGAAGUAUGUGCACAGGUCACAUGACUCUUCCGGAAGUCGAUAAGGAUGAGACGCGGGGUUAUUUGAUGGAAAACUCGGGUCAUGUUCAAGUGUGUAGUCCUUAGCAAAGCACGGUGUUUAAGACGCGGCUGACGGAUUGUUGAUUUGACAGCACGUUCUCCUAUCUGGAUUAUUUACUAAAUUACAUAUAAGGAUUUCUUUCUUGGCUGUGUCUGUGAUGAACAUACAUGUUUUAAAAGGAAAUAUUUGUUGAUGGAUGGUAAAAGUUCGGAGUGAAAGGAAGGUGUAUAUAUGGAUAAGUAGGAGGAAGUUGUAAUAAUCUCGCAUCAAAACAUGGCUGAAGAUCCCUCCGCUAAGGAGGACGUUGAUGUCGCUAGUGGCCCCCCAAAAAUCAAAGUGACCGCCGUGGGCGACAGCGGCGUGGGCAAAACCUGUCUGCUGAUGACGUUUGCCAGUAACGAGUUUCCAGCGGAUGGAAGGAUCCCCUCGCUGUAUGAGAGUGGUACUAUUAAAGCCGGUAGGAGUGACGCUUACGAAGUUCCGGUCACGAUUGAGGUCUGUGAUACCACUUAUACCCUUGGAUUAACAGACACUAUAGGCGAGGACGAGUAUCGUAAGCUGAGAGAGUUGUUCACCAGCGGGACGGAUGUGUUUUUGGUCUGCUUCAGUGUAACGGAUCCGGAAACAUUGGAAAAUGUGAAACGGAACUGGCUUUCGGAAAUACGGAUAUUAUCUCCCAAAGCUUCUUAUAUUUUGGUGGGAACGAAAACGGACAUGCGAGAAAACACAGACGUUCUAAAUCAACUGAAGGAGAAAAAUAAGCGACCAAUCUCCUCACAGGAGGGAAUCAAGUUUGCCACUGCUAACGGCGCCAAAACCUAUGUAGAGUGUUCAGCCAUGAACAAAGACGGAUUGCAGCACGUUUUUGAACAAUGUGUGAUGGUGGCAACGAAUAGGCCACCAAUCAAAUUGAAAGAAAAAUGCAAGGAAAAAAAUAACCAACAAUGUGCAAUUUCAUAACACAUCGUUAUGUAUAAAUCUUGUUGCAAAAAAGUUGAAAUCCUAGAUAUCUGUCCGUUUUGGUACAUGUGUAUAGUACUGAAUCAUCUAUUUCCCCAAAGUGUGAGAGAAAGUGUCUAUUUUAAAGAAAGGUUCCAAUUUGGUGCAGAAUGCUACCACACCGGUAAUGAUUUACGCUACAGAAGUUCAUUUCGGGGGAAAGCUGUCCGUAUUUCAGCAAGAAGCUGGCCUCACGAACAUAUCACAAAGUUUGAUCUUAAGCAUUAAGAUUUAUCCUACAUAUGGUUUUGUCUCCCCAUUCACUUAUAACGCUUGGCUAAAUUUGGAUGCCAUCCCUUGUAGACCCUGCUUUUUUCAUGACAAGUAUCUUACCUUUAUAACUAUAUGCUAGUACCAGUUUAAAAUUAAAAUGUUAUAUUCAGUAGAUUUUUUUCUUAUCAACCCUGUUGUAUAGUUUUGAGUUCGCGUGACGCGUAAAUCAUGUUGGCAGCACUUGGCACAAUGCAAAAUCUGAGUUGGCCACAAGUCGAUUGCUGAAACAUUGAAAACGAACUCUGUCAAUUAUGUCUUGUGAUAUUGUCUAUCAUCGGAGUCAUUGGAUAAAGGGUCGGGUUGUUGACUCGCAGACCCCGAAUUAAAAUUCGCCGAAGUCUUUGGUUCAUCUUUCUUGAAAUAUUUCUUGUUGAAAAUCAAACUUCUUUUUUUUUUAUCCAAAAUUGCAUUUUCUUCUUUUUUUCACAAUAUAUACGUCUUACAUAGCAUCAAGUUUUUCAUAAUUAAAUCAUUUCGUUGUAAUUUGAGAAACUCUUUCAAGGUGUCGUGAGCCAUCUUAACAAACGAACUCCAACAAAACAAACUUUGGGCUUCGUUGCCAAUCAAAAGAUCAUGUGACCAACCGUCUUUGUUGUUCCAUUUUGUGUUUUCACUUUACAUAACAUGGUUGUAAAUGCGUAUAUAUCAUAGACUAAAAUCGCAUUCUACAGCCAGUUCAGUUUGUACCAAUGUAAAUAUAAACAAUGAAGUGUUUUUGUUGUCGUCAAUGGUAGAAAUGACGGUAGCCGUCACCGUAGGAAAAAUCACAUUCAUUUUCCUAGUGCUGGUUCCCAUCAUACCCCAGCAAUGACAAUAAAACCACAUUUCAAUGUUCAAAAAGACACUACAGCUCAUUUCCCACAAUUUAAUCAAGUGCUUUUUUAACAUGUAUUGAAAAAAAAUGAUAAAAAUUACAUCGAUACUGACAAUUUCGAACAAUUUGAAUGCAUCUACUGUAUGUGCUCUCAACUGCGUUUUGAAGGUCAUCCGGAAUUUCGCAAACUUCAUUCAUUCAAAUAUGCAACAAAAUUUUAGAAAACUCUGGGGAAAAUUGUCAAUUUGUGAUUUUGGGGUAAAAUGAGCUGUAGUAAAUUUAAUAGUUAUGUGUAUAUGUUGUCCGUGAAACUGUUUUAGAGGUUCAGUCUCGAAAAGUUACAAUAAAUACACAAUAGCAGUUACCCCCCUUGGAAUUUGCAUUAUGAUUUAUUUUAUUUGCUUUUAAAACUAUGAAAUGCACCAACAAAUUCACAAUGAUGUGUUUACAUCUACAUUGUAUCGUAAAUUGGUCACAUGUUCUCUCAAAACAAUUACAUGUACUAUGGUUCCAUCAUGUGUUCUUGCAUUCAACAUGAAACAGUCUGUAUUCAAUACCUAGGGAGACGUUUGUGUAGAAGUGCUUCAAAUAAAUAAAACAUUUCAAUCAAA